GUACUCUGUGUUUCUAGGUUUGUAGUUUUUGGUCGAAUUUAAAAUGGCUCUCAAUAUUAGUGUAAAGGUCCAUCCUGUUGUUUUAUUUCAAAUUGUGGACGCAUACGAACGUCGAAAUGCAGAUUCUCACAGAGUUAUCGGCACCUUAUUGGGCACGAGCGACAAAGGAGUGGUGGAAGUAACCAACUGCUUCUGCGUGCCACACAAAGAACAUGCCGAUCAAGUCGAAGCGGAACUUAAUUACGCGAUGGAUGUUUACGAGCUGAACAGAAGAGUCAAUUCCUCUGAAAGUAUUGUUGGUUGGUGGGCGACUGGCAAUGAAGUAACCAACCACUCCUCUGUUAUACACGAGUAUUACUCCCGUGAAUGCCGUGAGCCUGUCCAUGUUACUCUGGACACUUCACUGGCUGGAGGUCGAAUGGGUUUACGUGCAUAUGUUUGUGUACCAUUAGGAGUGCCAAAUGGAAAGCAAGGUUGCAUGUUCACUCCUGUAGAUGUCACUCUCACGUGCUAUGAACCUGAGAUUGUAGGUCUGCAAGUGUGCCAGAAGACUGUGUCUGGUGGAGGUCGCGGGUCGAGCGGCGUGGCCGCGGGCUCGGACCUGGCGCAGGUGAUGUCGGCGGCGAGCUCGCUGGAGUCGCUGCUGGAGCAGGCGCUUCAGUACGCGGACGGAGCGGCCGCCGGAGCACCGGCCGACGCGGAGGCGGGCCGCGCCCUCUUGCAGCUCGCACAUUCCGCACCUGACCUUGCCAAGGACACCUUCUCAGAUGCCUUCGCCUCCAGCGUCAAAGAUCUGCUUAUGGUGGUGACGUUAGCACAGUUGAUCAAGACCCAACUCCAACUUAAUGAGAAGCUAACUUUAUUGACCUCCCAGUGAAUACUACAAUAUAUAAGGGAAGACCUAACGUCUAGCUUCGAUUCUGUACCAGGCUGUAAACAUCUCAUAAAUAAAUAUAACCAAUAGGUUGUAAAUCUAC